UUAUUCUAGCCACACAAUACGUACAAAACUGAAGUUUGUUUUCAAAUUUGAUUCUUAAAAAUUAAAUGAUAAAAAAUUUGAUAUCGAUUUCAGAUAAAAUCCUAUUAAAACCGAACCAAACAUCCCCCACUUAUUACAUGGCACGCACUUGUUCCAUUAGCUAAAAAAUUUCUAGCCUACAAAUAAUGAAGAAAGCAGAGCUUGUGUUCGUCCCGACGCCAGGCAUGGGCCACCUUGCAUCCACGUUGGAGGCAGCAAAGCUUCUCCUUGACCGUCAUCAUCGACUCUCCAUCACUGUCCUCAUCAUUAAGCGUUCUUCAGACACUCUCGUCAGCUCCUUCGUUAAUUCCAUAGCUAAAUCAGAUCGUAUCCAGUUCAUCGAACUACCUAAUGUUGAUGAAGGCUCCUUGGGUUUCGGUUUUAUUGAUAAACAGAUUCCCCAUGUCAAAGAAGCCGUCUUCAAGCUCACUGCUCGCCCUGAUUUGUCGCUCGCCGGAUUUGUACUGGAUAUGUUCUGUACAUCGAUUAUGGAUGUGGCUAAAGAAUUUGGUGUUCCAUCUUAUAUUUUCUUUACUUCAGGUGCAUCUUUUUUCGGUUUUAUGCUUUAUAUGCAACUUAUUCACGAUGAGCAGGAGGUGGAUCCUACUCAGUUCAAGGAUUCUGACGGUGAGUUGCCGGUGCCAAGUUUGGCUAACCCACUUCCUCCUAGAGUUCUGCCUUCUGUGGUGCUUGUAAAGGAGUGGCUUUUUUUUUUCCUCCACUACGCUAGACGAUAUAGAGAGGCUAAGGGUAUAAUGGUAAAUACAUUCAUGGAGCUGGAAUCCUAUGCACUAAACUCUCUUGGAGAUGCUAACAGUAAUAUUCCUCCAAUUUAUCCUGUGGGACCCAUAUUGAGUCUAGAGGGUGACAGCCAUAGCCAUAAUGUGGGGCCAGAUGGGAGUAAAAUCAUGGAGUGGCUUGAUGAUCAACCUCCAUCAUCAGUAGUGUUUCUCUGCUUUGGAAGCAUGGGAGGUUUUGAAAUGAAUCAAGCCAAAGAAAUUGCGUGUGCGUUAGAGCAAAGUGGACACCGAUUCUUGUGGUCUCUACGGCGGCCCCCACCAAAGGGUAAAAUAGAAUUAUCAGCUGAUUAUCAGAAUUUCCAAGAAAUAUUACCAGAAGGAUUCUUGGAUCGUACGGCUGGGAUAGGAAAGGUAAUCGGGUGGGCUCCACAAGUAGCCAUAUUGGCCCACGCAGCAAUUGGAGGUUUUGUUUCGCAUUGUGGAUGGAAUUCUAUACUAGAAAGCAUAUGGUUUGGUGUUCCAAUCGCCACGUGGCCGAUGUAUGCAGAGCAACAAUUUAAUGCCUUUUUAAUGGUGACUGAGUUGGGAUUGGGUGUGGAAAUUAAAAUGGAUUACAGGAGAGAGAGCGAAAUAAUAGUAAGCGCGCAGGAUAUAGAGAGAGGAAUACGGUGUGUGAUGGAACAUGAUAGUGAAAUAAGGAAGAGGGUCAAAGAGAUGAGUGAAAAUAGUAAGAAGGCCUUGAAGGAUGAUGGAUCUUCAUACUUUUGUGUAAACCGUCUGAUUGAAGAUGUGAUGGAUAAUUUGCCAUGAAACACCUGCCUAUUUGCGCUGUUGAGAUCUGAACUAUUUUGUGAUAAUUAUAUAUUAUAUAAAUUAAAUGUAAUAUUAAUAUUUUUAAUACUAA